AUGCUAUGUCUCUUAUUGGUGCAGUUGACAGUCCUUUGUUUCUCUACGCUUUCAUAUCUAUCUAUCUAUCUAUCUAUCUAUCUAUCUAUCUAUCUAUCUAUCUAUCAGGCUUUUCAUAACUAUCUAUCAGGCUUUUCAUAUCUAUCGGUCUGUCUAUUUAUCUAUCUCUAUAUUCCAGGCUUUUCAUAUCUAUCUAUCUAUCUAUCUAUCUAUCUAUCUAAUCUAUCUAUCAGACCUUUCAUAUUUAUCAGUCUCUUCCUUUCUAUCUAUCUACCUACCUAUCUUUCAGGCUUUCAUAUCUAUCUGACUACCUACGUCAUAUCUAUCUAUCUACCCAUCUGUCAGACUUUUCAUAUCUAUCUAUCUAUCUAUCAGGCUUUUAAUAACUAUCUAUCAGCCUUUUUAUAUCUAUCGGUUUGUCUAUUUAUCUAUCAAUAUAUUCCAGUCUUUUCAUAUCUAUCUAUCUAUCUAUCUAUCUAUCUAUCUAUCUAUCUAUCUAUCUAUCUAUCUAUCAGACCAGUCAUAUUUAUCAGUCUCUUCCUUUCUAUCUAUCUAUCUACCUACAUAUCUUUCAGGCUUUCAUAUCUAUCUGACUACCUGUAA